CUCUCUCUCUCUUUGCCGAUCAAAAAAUGGAAGGAAAACAGGGCGUGAAGGGCACAGUGACGGCGUUGUCGUCGCUGUACCCGACAGAAGAGGCCCAGAAGGCGGCGAAGCGCGUGCAGGACACGAUCGCCGAAAAGCAGCAGGAGUUGGAGCGCCUCCAUGGCUUCAUCUCCGACAACACCAACCUCAUCAACCUCGUCCAGAGACUCCCCGACAACCUCCACCACGACAUCAUGGUUCCGUUCGGGAAGGCGGCGUUUUUUCCCGGGCGUUUGGUACACACCAAUGAGUUUCUGGUUCUGUUGGGAGAAGGUUACUAUGCGGAAACGACGUCGAAAAAGGCGGCGGAGAUUCUGAAAAGAAGAGGGAAGGCUUUGGAAACCCAAGUCGAUUCCUUGAACGCCAUGAUGCAGGACCUCAAAGCUGAGGCUUCGUUUUUCCAUACAACCGCUUUCGAAGCCGCGGAGGGCAUUGUGGAGAUAAGAGAGGAUUAUGAGGAUGAAACUUCCGUCAAAAGCGAAUCCGAACCGGGACUGCUUAAGCAAGUUUCUUCUAGUUUUUCUGAAGCAGACAACAAAAGGGUUGCGGUUGAAGAUAAAGAGUUUGCUCGUAUUAUGUCCAGGAUGGAUGAACUUGAGAAAGAAGAACUAGAAGCUGACGGCAACGAUGAGAGUGAUGAAGAUGAGCCAAGUAAAGCUGAUAUGGAUAGCAUCGCGGAAAAACUAUCAAAUCAGGAGAUAAGAAAUGCAGAGAGGCCAGAGUCAAGGAAACCUCUGGAGCAGGCAAAGAAUAAAAAUGUGGCUACUGAAGAAAUUAGAAAUGCACAGCACCAUGCUCAUCAAGAUAUUGCUGAUCAGUUAAAUUGUACAGGUUUGACAGUGCAGUCCAUACCCAAAGGUGGCAUAUCAAAUGACUAUACUUUGGCUAGUGAUGUGAAAAAGCCUGCAGAGAAGACUGUGAUGCCUCCAAAAGCGGAAAACAAGGUUCGAGCAUUUACUUCUCCACAAAGUGAGGUUCCUCUGGAGACUCCAAAGCCAAAUUUUGAUAGUAAACUAGCUUUUACAGGGUCCAUUGUUGAGCACGCUGACAAUAUAGAAACAAGUUCAAGAAAACAGACUCCAUCUCAGUCAUCUGGCUCUCAACCUUCAAAGCCAGUGUCAAGAUUCAAGAUGCAUAGAAGAUAGUUAGCGCUACAAAAAGUGGAAGGAGAAAUGAGAAGGAUACAACGAGCAGCUGCUAAUACAACUCAAGAUACUGAUCUGCCUUGGUCGAUAAAGGCUGGUCUGAAAUUCCAGUUAAAAGUUUUGAAGAAGUUGGUGGAAGGGUGAACCAAAAAAUCUCCCAAGUUUUGUGUAAAGCAGAUCUUUGUUUAGCUUAAAAAUUAGGGGUGGCAAUUCGUGUCA